AGUAAGAUGGAAGAUGAGGAGGUCGCUGAGAGCUGGGAGGAGGCGGCCGACAGUGGGGAAAUAGACAGACGGUUGGAAAAAAAACUGAAGAUCACACAAAAGGAGAGCAGGAAAUCCACGUCUCCUCCCAAAGUGCCCAUCGUUAUUCAGGACGACAGCCUUCCCUCGGGACCCCCUCCUCAGAUACGGAUUCUCAAAAGGCCCACAAGCAACGGGGUCGUCAGUAGCCCCAACUCUAGCAGCAGGCCGGCCCUUCCUGUGAAGUCCUUGGCUCAGCGUGAGGCGGAAUAUGCUGAGGCCCGGAAGCGCAUCCUAGGUAGUGCCAGCCCUGAGGAAGAACAAGAGAAGCCUAUCCUGGACAGGCCCACAAGGAUCUCCCAGCCGGAAGACACCAGACAGCCCAAUAAUGUGAUCAGGCAGCCUCUGGGUCCUGAUGGUUCACAAGGCUUCAAGCAGCGCAGAUAAAUGUGGGUGCCAGAGGAUGCUGCCACUGCCCCCGCCACCAGGGUCGUCCGCCACGGGUCGCACUGCCGUGGCGGACAGCUGGACUUGAGCAGAGGGAACGACCUGAUUUACUUGCACUGUGAUCCCCUUUGCUCCGCCCACUGUGACCUUGAACCCCAUGCACUGUGACCCCCAACCCCCUCCUCCCACUGUGAUUGGCACAUCGACAAGGGCUGUCCCAAGUCGCUGUAAAAGGAGAAGGUGGGGGCAGGAGGUGGGUUUGGGGGGCCCACCGAGGACUCAGAGCGGAGAGUCAGAUGGUGCCACUUGGGGUGAAGCCAGUGCCAGCAAUAACAGUUUAUCAUGCUCAUUAAUUUGGGAUUUCAAAACACAAAUGGGAACGCCCCCAAACGUGCAUGUCUUCAUCACUUAAAUAGCAAGUUCCAUUUGAAAGGAUCGUUUUCUUUUUUUUUUUUUUUUUCUUUUCUAUUUUUUUUGUUUGUUUCAGAGUCUGAUUUGCAAGGAAAAGUGCAUGGGAGGGUUUUUAGCUGUUAAAUGAAUUUUCGUUUUAAUUGAGAAGGGUAGUUGAUAGUCUUCUAAAAUGUUUCAAUGAAUUUGCAGAAACAUUAACAGAUAGGAUUUUGGCAAGCUUAGCUUCUUGUUCUUUAUUCCUAUUGCUGCCCCCAGGAAGGAUGGGGCUUCUCAGGCUCCCACCACAUUGCCUGUCCCCAGCUGGGGCCCUUCCAGUGAGACCAGACCGGAGAGCCGGGGCUGGGCUGGAGGGCGGGGUGCCCUGCUGUCCCUGAAUGCCACCACUAGUAUUCAUGGAGGUGGUGAAAGCAGAUAGACUUUCCCUCCCUUUCUCCCCACCCCAGCAUUCAAAUGGGCUGUUUGUUUCCAGCCAAGAGUUCAGGGUGAGGGAGGGAGGGAGACUUGUCAUAUCCAGGUUUACAAGCAAGGAAAACUAGAUUUAUUCAGUAUUUUGAUUUCUUGUCCAAGGAAAACAUGGGAACGAGUCUGGUUCCAGGGCCUCUGCUGACAAGCCAUCUGUACAGUGUUGUCAGAGGGUAGCUCGAUUUCCCAGCGAUGGCAAGGUUGGAACUCUUAGGAGCCCAGGAGCCGCUAUCGCACCGCUCAAGGUACCAGUCCAGAGCUGGACCUGGCACGUUUCCUUUUAGGAGUCAUUGUUUUGGGGACUAACCAUACCGAAUAACAUUUGGAAAGAAGCCUCCCAUCAUGCAUUGGCUGGUGAUCCCUCUAGACCCAAGCUACAGUGUUCGCUGACCCCGACUAGAUGCCCAGCCUCCCAGAGCAAAGGCCGGAGGAGGGCGUUUGGCCCCUUAAACCGGGGCAGAGGAAGCAGCUGUCGCCUAAAGCAGCUUCCUCCCGGGGACACGCACUGCGGAGACGUCUGCCUUUCUUCUCAGUCCCCAUCCACUCUCUUCUAUUGCACUGAUUCUUCCUGACUUAGUUAUUAGCCAGCCCUCUUCUGAUUUUAACUGACAAGUUUCCAAGGGAUUGGGAGAUUGUUGCAUUUCACAGGUAGCACGUGUGCACUGCCAAGCCAUAUUUAGACCCAGUGCGGCAGGCCGAGUUGGCUCCGGGGGUCUCAGAGGCCUGAGCCUUGCCUUGUUUCCGUGGUGGAGCAUACGCUGUCUCUCCUGUCCCAACUUGUCCUGUCUUGCCGUGGAGCCAGGCCCAACAAGGGGGAAAGGGCUAUGAUUAGGAGAUGGCCUCUGCCCCAAAGUGGGGGGUUUGUGGUGUCACAAGGGACAUGACUACCACCAGCCCAUAAAACAAAACAGUGGCACCAGAUCCUUUCUCCUUGCCAUCUGGUUGUUCCCAGAGGUGAGGGGAUGGCUGUCCUCCUUGGUCCUGAUCCACUCGCCUGAGUGCACAGUCGGCUACACAACUCAUUGGCCCGGAAAGAAUGGGAGCAGGAAACACUCAAAGUAGGCUCUGGCCCUGUGGGGCCCCAUGUGCCCAUUGUUAUAGUGAUAGCCCCAGUGCCUGAACCUAGUCUUGUGGGGCUUCUUACCUGGGAAAGACCUUCCUGGGUCCUUUCUGCAGGGUUAAGGGUGUUGCAAGCCCCCAGGCCAUGAGCUCAGCCCUCCUUUGCUGAGGUGAGACUCAGCCCCAUUGGGGGACCCCAGCAGCUCCUGCACCAAGGCUUUGCCUUGGCUUCCCCAGAGGGGGAAAAGGGAGAGAAGAAAAUAGGAAACUUUAUUAUGUGUGUGUGUUGUGGGGUCGGUCGGGCCAGGGAGAUGGGAGGAGGAAGGGUUGGGCUUUGUGUGGUCGUCCACAUCUUUCCUAAGUGCUUUUCCUUUGGUUUAGUUUUGUUGUGUUUCAUUUCUUUUAUUUUUAAAGUGAGCUGUGGGCUUUGGCUUAGGAAAUCCGGGAUGGAGGCAGAGGGCAGUAACCUAAGGCUGCUGCCCCUUUUAGCUACCUGUCCAUGGUAACAGCCUCUCCUCCAGCUCCUCUGACCCCAUGGGCCAGGCCCCUGACCUCCCGGCUUAACAGCUUCCAAUGAGCCACUUCUCCCACAUCAGCCUAGCUAACCAAAGGAGCUGGGGGUGCAGGGGCUGGUUACCAGCCCCUCUCAGCCCAGUCAAUCAGGGUGCUCCCCACCUGCAGGCAGGAGGCAACACCCCAUAAGCCCAGCCCGCCCCUCCCUGGGGGAGCCUUCCUGUUAAGACUAGAUAGGUGGGGCCACACUGGCCACCCCUGGCCCAGAGGCUCCAGAGACCUCUUGGAACCUUGUUUCUAGUUGUUGUGUUUCCCCUGGGGUGAGCCGAGGUCCCCUUGGGUGUGUUCAAGGGAGAAGAGUAGGGGAGGGAGGGAGAGAUGCCAUGUGUCCUGCAGUUCUGCAGCUCCCUGAACUCCCACCCCUCUCCGCGGGUCCCCAAGUCAGCAGAUUAAGCAUUUUAUAAAUUGUAUUUUAAAUAAAUGUUUUAAACUUGUCA